CUGAGCUGGUUGGGAGGCUGGUUAUUUGCUCUGAGCUUCCUGCCUGUCCGUGCCCCGCCAACAGCUUCAGAAGAAGGUGACUGGGGCUGCCUGAGGAACGCCAGCCGGCAAGAGACUCCGCAUUCACAGAGCGUCGCUGUCUGAGCCAAAGCACCGCACACACUGCUUUCCUCGCUCCCCACAGCAACCUUAUCUUUCCCACGUGGAAAGAUGGAGGCUGAGUGAAGCAGAAGAAGGUGUUUAGAUUCCUCAGCAAGUGAGAGGCAGAGCCGGGAUUUGAAUCCAGAUCUGUCUGAUACUGAAGUCGAGGAGCAGCCCCUGGGUGUGUCCACUUUCAGGGCGGGUGAGGUUGGACCUUGGCAGCCUGAGCCCUCGAGUUGGCCACUUGAAUCUUGGGAAUAUUGAGAUUACAUCCUCCUACCUUUUGAAAAGAUGGCCUUCAGCAGAAUGCUUUUUAAUAUUGGAGAAGAACUGGGAAAUGAAGAACUGGCCGCCCUCAAGUUCCUGAGCCUGGACUACAUCCAACAAAGGAAGCAAGAACCCAUCAAGGAUGCCUUGAUGUUAUUCCAGAGACUCCAGGAAAAGAGAAUGUUGGAGGAAAGUAAUCUGUCCUUUCUGAAGGAGAUGCUCUUCCGAAUUAAUAGAUUGGAUUUGCUGAAUAAAUAUCUAGACACUAGCAAGGAGGAGAUGGAAAGGGAACUUCAGACACCGGGCAGCGCUCAGAUUUCUGCCUACAGGGUCAUGCUCUAUCAGAUUUCAGAAGAUGUGAGCAAAACAGAAUUGAGGUCUUUUAAGUUUCUUUUGAAAAAGGAGAUCUCCAAAUGCAAACUGGAUGACGAUAUGAACCUGCUGGAUAUUUUCAUAGAGAUGGAGAAGAGGGUCAUCCUGGGAGAAGAAAAGUUGGACAUCCUGAAAAGAGUCUGUGACCAAAUCAACAAGAGCCUGCUGAAGAUAAUCAACGACUAUGAAUGCAGCAGAGAGAGAAUGAGCCUUGAAAGAAGUUCAGAUGAAUCUUCAAAUGGGGAGGAGUUGUUUGGGGUAAUGGCAAUCUCGGACUCUCCAAGAGAACAGGAUAGUGAAUCACAGACUUCGGACAAAGUUUACCAAAUGAAAAGCAAACCUCGGGGAUAUUGUCUGAUCAUCAACAAUCAUGAUUUUCGCAAAGCACGGGAGGAAGUGCCCAAACACCACCGCAUUAAGGACAGGAAUGGAACACACCUGGAUGCAGAGGCUUUGAGCAAGACCUUUAAAGAGCUUCAUUUUGAGAUCAAGCCCUACAAUGACUGCACAGCAGAGAGAAUCUAUGAGAUUUUGCAAAUCUACCAACGCAUGGACCACAGUAACAAGGACUGCUUCAUCUGCUGUAUCCUCUCCCAUGGAGACAAGGGCAUCAUCUACGGCACGGAUGGACGUGAGGCCCCCAUAUAUGAGCUGACAUCUCAGUUCACUGGUUUGAAGUGCCCUUCCCUUGCUGGAAAACCGAAAGUGUUUUUUAUUCAGGCUUGUCAGGGGGAUAACUACCAGAAAGGUAUACCUGUUGAGACUGAUUCAGAGAAGCAACCUUAUUUGGAAAUGGACUUAUCAUCACCUCAGACGAGAUACAUCCCAGAUGAGGCUGACUUUCUACUGGGGAUGGCCACUGUGAAUAACUGUGUUUCCUACCGAAACCCUGUGGAGGGAACCUGGUAUAUCCAGUCACUUUGCCAGAGCCUGAGAGAACGAUGUCCUCGAGGCGAUGAUAUUCUCACCAUCCUGACUGAAGUGAACUAUGAAGUCAGCAACAAAGACGAUAAGAAAAACAUGGGGAAGCAGAUGCCGCAGCCUACUUUCACACUAAGAAAAAAACUUGUUUUCUCUUCUGACUGAUGGUACUAUUUAGAUAUAUAACACUAUGUUUAUUUACUAAUUUUCUGAUUUGCUACAUAAUUUAUUAAUUAUUUUGCACUUUUUUUAAGAGGUAAAGUUAAUAGGAUAUUAACAACAAUAACACUGUCUCCUUUCUCUUUUGCCUAAGGCUUUGAGAAUGUUUUAGCUGGUGGCAAUAAAUAUCAGAAGCCAACAAAAUCCAGCUAUGAAUAUAGAGGGCUGAUAGUUCAAAUUGUUACCUAUCAACAUUAAGUCCACUGUUAAUAUUCUAUUAACUUUAAUUCUUUUUCCAUUUAAACUGUCCAACACUAUUAAAGUACACAUAAAGUGUAAUCCCAGCACUUUGGGAGGGUGCGGUGGGAGGAUCACCUGA